UGCGUGUCUGUGUGCGUGGCCUCUGGGUGAUUCCACGCCCGCAACUGUCUCCGAGUGUGUGGGAGCGUGUGUGGCAGGUACUCGGGAGCAGGACAGGGAAGGAAGCCUCAGCUUCCAGACCCGUUCUCGGGUGCUGGCGGGAGCGGUGGGUAGGAGCAGAAGGAGGUAUGUGGGGAAGGAUUGAGACAGACAAGGGCUCUGCGCCAGCAAGAGUCCAGGACGCGACCCCGCAUGCCGGGCCAGCCGGGAGGCAGGAGAAUGGAUCACUUCCCCCGGGGAUGGGAGAGCAGAGGAAGGCUGCAGGUCGGGUAGCUAGAUUCCAUGAUGCCCUCAAGAAGUUGCCAGACGCCGGUUGGGGAGCUUUCAAGAGCCAGAGACCCAGGGAAGUCCCCUCUUCGUCCUCCGAGGACCCCGAAGCCUGGCCGCAGUGCUCAGCCUUGGACCCAGCGGUUCCGCGGCUGGACGCCCCUCGGCGCUGGCUGUGCGCACCCAGGCGCAAAGCACUGCAGGUUGGAGGCGGAAGGCAGCGCGCUCUGGGCUCAUUGGCGGGUUUUUGCUGCCACCUCGCGGCGGUGGUGCGUAGCAUGCGAACCCUCCGCGCCGCGGGCGUUUGCCACGUACGCGGGUGGUUUGGGGGGCCUUGCCCUGCCGCGCUGUCCUUUUCUGCUCGGGUUUUCACAACACUUCUUCCACCAGGACAGCCUCCUUUUCCUCUUGAGGUCUGCGAUGGACUGCGCCCUGUCAUGCCAAAGUCCACCAUUUUGCGUGGAUAGAUGCCUCCAGAUCUCCUACAGAGGGCGUAUGGGGCUGUCUUCCACCGUGAUAGGCUGUCCGUGGGAAGCCAUGCCACGCUAGCGCCCUCUCCUCUCCACAACCGUCUGCUGAAGGCCUUCCAUGUGCCUGACGCUGCCACACCUUGGAGACAGCCAAUGGCAGCCUAGACCCUGCCCCUGCGAUUAUAGUUUAGUGCAAGCAGAGAAACACAAUACCCAAAUUAUCAUUGAAGCUGCCAUAUGGAAGUAUGGACAAAGUGGGAGCCCGAGGAGGGCCUUUGAAACAGAUCUUGAUGGAUAAGCAUGAGUUUUCCAGGCUAGUGAGGAGGGAAAGACAGUCAAGGGACUGGGAAGUGUGUGUCCAAAGACACUUGGGUACAAAAGAGCAUGGGGUGCUGAGAGGGACAGCUGUUUCCUGGGGUGCUCCACAGUCUGAUGGUGAAGACAUUGCUUUGCUCUGGACAGCAUAGCCAGCCAGCUUGGGCGAAUGUAUUGAUAAGAGUAUCAAGUGGCAGCCGUGAAAGGAAUAUUUGGAAUUGCUUCUUUUCCCAUUUAAAUAAACAAGGAAACCAAGA